AUUUGGAUCAUUUACUGCACAGAGCCAUUCAGUGAGAUAAGUGUGCGUCUGCGAGCUCCCAGAGAACGCGUUUUUUAUUUAAACACACUAAAGCUACCAAUGGCUGCAAGACAUCGAGGCCCCUCGGGGAAAAAAGCUGAACACCAGCAUGGGAGCAGCUCCAAAACAUCUGACAGGAGGCACUUUGCCGCCCUGGUUCUGGCUAGAGGGGGGAGCAAAGGGAUCCCACUGAAGAACAUCAAGAUACUGGCUGGGGUCCCCCUCCUUGGAUGGGUGCUGAGAGCUGCCACUGACUCAGAGAUGUUUGACAGUGUCUGGGUUUCAACAGAUCACGAUGAAAUUGAAAAAGUGGCCAAAUCCUGGGGUGCCAAGGUCCACCGGAGAAGCCCUGAAGUCUCCAGAGACUGCUCCUCAUCAGUGGAAACCAUCCAGGAAUUUCUAAGGAAAAACCCAGAGGUAGACGUGGUCUGUCACAUCCAGUGCACAUCUCCAUGUCUCCAUCCCUCCCACUUACAGCAGGCCCUAAAGAAGAUCAUAGAGGACGGCUAUGACUCUGUCUUCUCUGUGGUCCGGAGACACCAGUUCCGCUGGAAGGAGGUUAAAGAAGGAAGUGGUGAAUACACUGAGCCCUUAAAUAUCAUUCCUGCAAAGCGCCCCCGGCGUCAGGACUGGGAUGGAGAGUUGUAUGAGAAUGGCUCAUUCUACAUUGGAACCAGGGAUCUCAUUUUAAAAGAAAAUUCAACACAGGGGAGAAAAGUGGCCUACUUUGAGAUGGAGCCAGAGCACAGCGUGGACAUAGAUGUGGACAUUGACUGGCCUGUGGCUGAGGAGAGAGUUCUCAGGUUUGGUUACUUUGGUCGGGGAGUGUCUAUAAUGUUCUGUAGGGUUUCCAGAUGUUUGACAGAUGGAAGGGUGUUUCUGUCUGCAUCUGGAGAGGACAUGGUGUCUAUCCAAACUAAAGACACAACAGGGCUCAGGAUGCUGCAAAAAGAUGGAGUUGAGGUGGUGCUGCUGACCUCCAGUGAAGACCCUGUGACCCAGUCAAUGGCUGACAAACUGAAAGAGGUGAUGGGGUGUGAGGUUAUGGAUGUAGGGGAGGAGCCACUCAAGGAGGUGCAGUCAGUCGUGCAGCGGAAAAGGCUUGACUGGAAGGACGUGGCCUACAUGGGUAAUGACACAGCAGAUGCAGCCUGUCUUAACCUGGCAGGUCUGAGCGGAGUACCCGCUGAUGCUCCGAGGGAUGCCGCUGAUGCUGCCAAGUACACCUGCCGCCAAGCUGGUGGGAUGGGAGCAGUGAGGGAGUUUGCUGAACACGUGCUCCUGCAGAAAGAGAAGGCCAAAACCCAGAUGAAGCAAGACAGGAUUGACCGUAACAACUUCUAAAGUUUACAGGUAAUGAAGAGUCUGCAUCCUGCCCCCUGCUGAAAACAGGAGGAUAAUUUUGAGGGAUUUGUGUGGAACUACAUUUGGUUGGGGGCUAUUAAUCCAAAAAAACACUUUGAUUUAUAUUAAAUGUCAUUAUAUCGAUAAUAUAAUCUGUUCAAU